AUGAGAAGUUCAAUUCUUAAAAUCGUCUUUAAGCUAAUUUUAUUGAGCAAUUUUAAGUUCUCAAGUUCGUCUUUGCUUUCCAUUGGAUCUCCAUGCAUUCUUAAAAGUGGUGCUAAUGGAACUUGUCAGGAGUUGAACGAUUGUUCGAUAAUUAAAGAUCUAUGGGAAAAAGGAGCUAUUACUCGUGCUCAUUUAACGAAAUGUAACGAAUUGCAACAGACUAUUUGCUGCCCAUUUGCUUUGGAUGAUAGGACUGCUACACACAGAACAACAACAUCUAAAUUUGAUGAAGGCAUAUCUACAGAAGGAAAAACAAGACCAAGUACUCAGACAACCAUUGAAAAUCAGGAGAGAAUCAGUCAAAAAAAAUGCAAGGAAUAUGGGAAGAAAGUGUUUCAAAUAACAAAAAUACCACCAAUGUUUGGUGGGAAAGAAGCACGAGAAGUCAGAACCAGCAAGUGCACUCAAAAUAAAAUUUCAUUUAUUGAAACCGCAGUGAAUGAGUUACCACAUCAAGCUCUUUUAGGUUAUUCACCAAGAAAUACAGAAAUAAAAUGGUUAUGUGGUGGAUCUCUAGUGUCUCCGAAAUUUGUUUUGACUGUUGCUCAUUGCCUCUCUUCAAGGCAAUUUGGACAUGUCCAAAAAGUCAAAGUAGGUAUGAAAUAUAAAGACCAAGAACAUGACAACGAAAAAGUCUUCGUUUACAACAUUAAAGAAACAUUUAAGCAUCCAAAUUACAAUGAACGAACAUUUAAUGAAGAUAUAGCACUUUUGAAACUAGAUGGGACAGUCUCUAUAAAUGAAAACAUUUUGCCUAUUUGCUUGCCGACCAAGCAACAUAAUGAUUUUAAAGCUAUGGCAAUUAUAAGGAGUCACACAUAUGGAAAACAAUCAGAAAUUUUGAUGAAAGCUACGCUUGAAAGAUUUACUCAUACCGAAUGUAAGAACUUCUAUCCGGAUGAUGGCAAUAUGCUAAUUGAUGAGAAAACCAUGUUGUGUUAUGGACAUCGCAUCGAAAACAUGGAUACGUGCAGGGUAAGGAUCUAA